UCCAGGUGGAGAUAAUUGGAGCCAAGUAGAACCUGGCGAUGUCGCUCAUCACCUGCUAUAAAAGCUCACCUGGUCGGUCUUUUUCCACAUCUGCCACAGGAACAAUGGCUGCUGCUUGGGCUUUGGUUCUGUUGGUCCAUGCUGUCUUCAUGGGAGGUCUUUGUUUUCCAGGUGAUGUGAAACAAGGGGAGUCCAAUGCUGUGCUGAAAAAAGGUGUAUCUCCUGAUGAUGAUGAUGAUGUCAAGAAGGUUGUGGAACUUCUUGAUUCUGUGUUGAAGCGACAUACUCCAGCCCAACCUGUAACCAAAGAGGUAUUUCAAGACAAAGCAAGCCUCCAUGAGAGAAAUGACGGGCAGAGCUACAACAUGAGCGGCAAGGGCCAGCUGCACGACCAGCAGAGCUACAACAUGAGCGGCAAGGGCCAGCUGCACGACCAGCAGAGCUACAACAUGAGCGGCAAGGGCCAGCUGCACGACCAGCAGAGCUACAACAUGAGCGGCAAGGGCCAGCUGCACGACCAGCAGAGCUACAACAUGAGCGGCAAGGGCCAGCUGCACGACCAGCAGAGCUACAACAUGAGCGGCAAGGGCCAGCUGCACGACCAGCAGAGCUACAACAUGAGCGGCAAGGGCCAGCUGCACGACCAGCAGAGCUACAACAUGAGCGGCAAGGGCCAGCUGCACGACCAGCAGAGCUACAACAUGAGCGGCAAGGGCCAGCUGCACGACCAGCAGAGCUACAACAUGAGCGGCAAGGGCCAGCUGCACGACCAGCAGAGCUACAACAUGAGCGGCAAGGGCCAGCUGCACGACCAGCAGAGCUACAACAUGAGCGGCAAGGGCCAGCUGCACGACCAGCAGAGCUACAACAUGAGCGGCAAGGGCCAGCUGCACGACCAGCAGAGCUACAACAUGAGCGGCAAGGGCCAGCUGCACGACCAGCAGAGCUACAACAUGAGCGGCAAGGGCCACAACCAACUGAGUGAGUCAUUUCAACUCCAGCAGAAUGACAGACUGGAUGACUCUACCGACGAGGGCUUCAUUGUGAAUGUUUGAUUUGUACAGCAUGGAAAUAAAAUCUUCAUUUUUUUA